AUGGCCCUCGACACAAAUGCCAUCGACUCCUCGACCACUCCACCAGCUCGACACCGGUCUAUCCUGUCUAAACUGACCAGCCGCUUUGGUAAUCGCAAUCGCAAUAUCUCAGAGUUCUACGUCCAGCCAGAUGACCCGUGGAAGUCGUACCAUCCGGGUGAGGUCGUCAAGGGGGCUGUGGUGCUGACGGUGGUGAAACCCGUGAGGAUAACGCAUCUGGUCGUCUGUCUACAUGGGUAUGCAAAGGUGUUUAAGAAUGCGGUUGGACCCGGUGAACACGCAGAGGAGUCGGGAUACCUGGGGCCUGGACGUGGGCGCAGAGAUGGCGAAUACCUGGGCAACGGCUUCACCUCCUUGUUCGAGGACGAAGUAGUACUAUGUGGUGAUGGAAGGCUGAAGGAAGGCAUCUACAAAUUUCGAUUUGAGCUCUGCUUCCCCCCUUACUCGUUACCCAGCAGUAUCAAUUUUGAACGAGGAACGAUAUCAUAUAUGAUUACCUCUACCCUGACACGACCGACGACAAUAUCCCCUUCCAUGUCAUGCGACAAACGACUGAUCCUCAUUGAGAGAAUCGAUAUCGCUCCUCUCCCCGCUCCGAAAGCCCGCGUCAUCACUCUCGAGCCCAUAUCGGCAAGGUCAAAGUCCAAGCCAAGAAAGAAAUCUACUUCAGGCGAACGAGCAUCCAACGGUGCUGCAGGUCCGGUAUCCCUUGAGCCAUCCUCUUCACAAGCGCCUGAGCCGCGACCUCCAUUGAGUCCCGUCCCGAGCGAACAGAGUACUUCGAGCUGUGUCAGCAAUAGCACCCAAAGCUUCCAGAUCAUCAGUGAAUCAAAUACUACCCGAGAUUCGAAUACUAUAACUGCCACGACCAAGCUGCUUCGCGGUGGCGGGCUGCCCGGUGAUGUCUUGCCCCUGAGAAUUAUGCUCAGCCACACGAAACCGAUUCGAAGUCCGCAUGGAAUUAUCAUCACGCUCUAUCGUCAAGGAAGAAUCGACAUGUAUCCUGCCAUCCCGAUCGGCACACCCGCCAAGGGCAAGAGACCGGUUUACGAAGACUAUUAUCCCAAAUCCCGCACGGGGCUGGGCGGCCUGUCCUUUGGUGCGAAUCGAACUUGCAGUGUUUUCCGAAAGGAUAUGUCGCAGAUAUUCUGUCCGCUGAUAGUUGACCCUAACACCAUGACUGCGGACAUAAAGACAUCUAUCCGCAUUCCGGAGGAUUGCUUCCCCACGAUAACUCGCGUUCCUGGCGCAAUGAUCAGUUUUCGCUAUUAUGUCGAAGUGAUUAUGGAUAUACGGGGAAAACUGGCUGGCCAGGACCGCUUCCUCCCGCGGCUAAACAUAAUGAACUCAUCCUCCAGUAAUUAUAAUUAUUGUGCUACGCCUCGGGGAUUUAACACUGUCGAUACUUCGAGGGGAGGCACGUCUACCACUUCCAGUUGUACGGGGAACAUACUGGACACCGAUCAAGUGCGAAGGGAUAAAAGUGUCAUCGUUUGCGUCUUCGAGAUCAUCGUUGGAUCUAAGGAUAGCGGUAGAGGCCAACAACAACCUGCAAGUGAUUCAAGCGUUCCUCAAGAAUACCCAGCUUCAAACCCGGAUCAACCUAUUCAAUAUGCCACCUCAGAGACGGCACGUGAGCAGCAGCAGCAGCAAACAUCGCAGCAGCAACAACAGCAACAAGUUCAAGCAUCACAGAUUAGGUUCGCGAACCGAUCUCAAAGCGUUCAGAGCCAGAGCCAGGACAGUGACACUGCCACUGGCUCUGAGGGCCAAGAGCCCUGGCACGCUCGACCUCCGGGCCAGUACAUUAUAGAACCGCCACGACUCCCGUCUUCUAACCAGUCGGAGGAGGAUGUCGACGAGAAAACACGGUUGCGUCGAGCGGAAGCCAUGCUCUUACCCAGCGCACCACCAGCCUCUGAUGAACCCGGGCCAUCUAGUUCUGCACCACCUUCAGCACCGGCUCUAUCGGAGCACCAUGAAUCCUCGUAUUUCGAGGGCCCUACCCCUACAUACUCUGCCUCUGUCUAUAUGCAUAAUCGCCAUUCUUCCGCACCGUCACCAGAUACAAUAACCCCUUACACUGCGCACGAACCCUCACCCGCCCUUCAGCUCCCGGAUCCAUAUCUAUAUUCUCCCGAAAGCACUGCUGAAAGCUCUAACCAUCAAGACUACCAACAAUACAACCCAACCCAGCCUUCCACGGAUGACAAACAGGAGCUCGAAAAGCAGCGGCUUCUCAAUGAGAGAAGCGCUCCACCGGACUCAAACGCACCGGAAUCAGCUGGUUCCAGCCGGACCACCGCUGCGGCCCCUGAAAACGGCGAUAUCCGCCAGCAAUCCCUCCCCUCCGCCCCUGUUCUUACAGAGGAGGAUAUCAUAGGACAGCCAAUAGCGACAGGCGAAUCCCUCCCCAGAUACCAACGAUAG